GCUCGUGGGACAAAAGGGACGACAAACAUAGUAGCAGUAUCAUCUUAACACGGAAAAGGAGGGCCUGAACAAGAAGACACAGCUAAAGUAUGAAAAAGAAAAAAGGUCUGAGGAUCCCUACUCCUUAUCCAUGUCAUAGGAUGGAAUGUUGUGCAUUUGGUGGGAUAUGAGAGUAGCAUUGUGUUCUCCAGUUUAAGAAAGUGGUUCGUUUUCAAGGUGGCAAAGAGAUAGAGCACCGUUAAGGAGAUUUCUACCAUCAUUUGUAAAAGACCAAGAGGAGAAGAGUCUCAUCGGUGUGACAGCGAUCCAGGUGGACACGGAAUUACCUCAGCCAUGGCAAUGCUACACCGUGCAUUAUUCACCUGGUUCCUCCUCCUGGUCUUUCUCAUCUUGCUUGCACUCCGGCUUGACCUCAGAACCCAAUGGAAUUGGUUCAUUGUCUUUAUCCCCAUGUGGUUCUAUGAUGCACUUCUUCUCAUAUACAUCAGCAUCCACAUGAUCAAUGAAUGCCGCACGGCUGUUGGAGUAUCAGGGGGCUCUCACCACCGCACGGCCAGGCAGCGUCUCUCAGCCAUCCUGAAACGGGUCUGGCCCCUGCUGGCUGUCAUUCUCAAAAUGGCAUUCAUGGUGGCCCUGUGCCUAAAGCAGAAUCACGAGACGACGAGAAUUACAUCUUACCACGUUCUGUUGCCGCUGUGGAUUCUCCUGCUGGGUCUGUGCAUUAAUGUCCUGCAUUGCUUAGUGUUGCAGCACCAAGAUCGGUUUCCAUGAUGUGUAGGGAAUGGGAGAAGAGCAGUGAGUGUAUGUAAUUAUAUGAACUGUACAAAAUGUAGCAUGGACUAAUGAGUGUUUCCUGGAGGUUAUUAUUCCUUUUUUUAGAUAUAUUUUUUCUAUUAUUAUGUGGAUGUAUUUGUAAAGUAUUUGUGUCUACAAUUUUCUUACUAAAUUCGUUAAAUUUUCAGAUAACAAAAAUAUUAUAAUUUCUUCAGGAAUAUGUAGAGGGAGAUGCUUAAACUUGCAAUGAUAAAACAAAGAAAUCCUAAAAUUUGUUUAUCUUCUAGAUGCAUUUUUUUUUUUUUUUUUUUUUUUUUAACUCUUAUAAUGUAAAACUGUCUGCCUGUAGGUUCCAUAGAAAGCAUAUUUAAAGGUCAUUUAGAUAGGCUGAACUUGGUUUUUCUUUAUUGAAAAUUAUAACUUAGAUGGAAUACUUAAAAGAUGUAGUAUUUCAAUUUUUUCUUUUAAUAUUAUACAGGUGCUAAAAUAAAGCCUAUUAAUACUUUCUGAAGAAGUUUUGUACUUAUUGUCUCUUGGGUUUACUUAUUACCUUUAUAAAUGUUCUGUUGGUGAAUUAGGAUUUGGUUUAGUUCAUGUCCUGUGAAGUAAUAUAAAAUGAAGGGGUUUUGGCUUUGUCUUCAA